CGCCCCCUCUCGGGGAUCUAUACCUAUAGGGAGUCGAGCCGCCCAUUCAUUUGCUCAGAGAUACUGGAAUCCUUGAGCAAGAUGACGACUCCAUGACCAUAUUAUCAUGCUCUGUUCUCUGCUUUAACUGUCCCCAAACCAAAUUGGUUAAGAUUCAGCAAAGUUAGUUCGGACUUUGUCACCGCCCACGCCCCCACACCCUAUUAUUAUUAUUAUUAUUAUUAUUAUUAUUAUUAAAUAACGUUUCAGAGACUUUAAAUUACGUCCUAUUAUUUUAUUCCUGCUUCUUCGCCUUUAUAAUCCCAACCCAAACCCAAGCCUUUUCCAUCACCCUUGCACUCCAAGUCACAGUUGUUCCCACUGUUCUGUUCUCUCAACCAUGGCCGCCGUUCUCUUCCUCCUCCUCCUUUUCGCUUCCCUGGCUCUUGCAACCGACAUGUCAAUCAUCGAUUACAAUUCCAAACACAUCCACGGAUCUGCAGCAUGGCGGAGCGACGAGGAGGUGAUGGGCAUCUACGAAGAGUGGCUCGUCAAACACGGCAAGGCCUACAACGGGCUCGGAGAGAAGGAGCAGAGGUUCGAGGUUUUCAAGGAUAACUUGAGGUUCAUUGACGAGCACAACUCCCAGAACCGUUCCUACAGGCUGGGGCUGAACCGGUUCGCCGACCUGACCAACAAGGAGUACCGGUCCAUGUUUUUGGGGGCCAGGACCGACGCCAAGCGCCGGUUCGUGAAGUCGAAGGUGGCCAGCCAGAGGUACGCCGUCCGGGGCGGCGAGGAGCUGCCGGAGUCUGUUGACUGGAGGGAGAGAGGCGCUGUUGCUGCCAUCAAAAACCAAGGGAGUUGUGGGAGUUGCUGGGCGUUCUCGACAGUGGCGGCGGUGGAAGGCAUACACCAGAUCGUGACGGGAGAGCUGAUCGAACUGUCGGAGCAGGAACUGGUAGACUGCGACACCGCGUACAACGUGGGUUGCAAUGGUGGCCUCAUGGACUACGCCUUCGAAUUCAUCGUCGGCAACGGCGGCAUCGACACCGAAGCCCACUACCCUUACCGGGGAGUUGACGGCACCUGCGACCCCAUUCGCAAGAAUGCUAAGGUUGCGAGCAUAGAUGGUUACGAAGAUGUACCGCCCUACAACGAGAAAGCUUUGAAGAAGGCCGUGGCUCACCAACCAGUCAGUGUCGCCAUUGAAGCCGGCGGCAGGAUUUUCCAACUCUACGAAUCGGGCAUAUUCAGUGGUAAUUGUGGGGUCGCACUGGACCAUGGUGUUGCUGUGGUUGGCUAUGGCACAGAAAAUGGCAUGGAUUACUGGAUUGUGAGGAAUUCAUGGGGAACUGGUUGGGGUGAGAACGGAUAUAUCAGAAUGGAGCGUAAUGUGGCUCGGGCUCGCACUGGCAAGUGUGGAAUUGCAAUGCAGGCUUCAUACCCCGUCAAGAAUGCCCAAGACCUUGCCAAACCUUACGCUGCUGGUGGUGGUGGAAUUGGGAUAAGCAGCAGUGCUUGAACUGCCUCUGAAACUGGGCCUGUAUAAGGGGAGGAAGUGAGAAGAAUUGCAAUCAAUAACCAUACCCUUCGUCGCUCCCUCUUAAUUCAUCAUGGGGCAUGCCUGCCCUCUUUCCGUCUUGGUCCUACUCAUUAGUCGAGGAUGGGGCUAUUGAUUUUUAUUCAAAAUAUCAUUAUUGUAAAUAUAUUCAACUCAUUUGUACUGUGCUUUCUUACAACUGAUGUUGGAAAGCAUUUCCAGGAUGAUAUCUUAUCCUUGUAUUUCCGGCUACUAGUUCAGUAUUCAUUCUAAAUGCAAACUUGUCGUCAAGAUUAUGAAUACAUGCUCGGUUUUAAAUAA